AUGGCGUACGGCCGGCAGCCGGAUUCGGCCGGUCUCUGUCCUGGAACCAACACAAAUACAAAUAACUGCGUUCAGUUCGACGAUGUCAUCGGUUACAUCUCCCACUGCUACGGCCAGAGGUGCUGCACGAUCGCUGCCACUAACGCUGGCCUUGGCAGUGAUCCCUGCGUCGGCACGACCAAAUACCCAGGCCGAGACCCCGCGUACUGCAAGAUUCAGCACGAAAGCUGCUCACGUCUGGGGUCUUUGACGUACACGCGUACUGACACAUGUCAGUGCAAGUGGCCAGUUGCAUCGGCAGAGCUACACAGCAGUGACACCUACCGGCAGGCAAUCUGUGAAUUGUCUUCCGGCAACAUUUGCUGCCCCGGCGACACCCGGAUCCGAAUUUCGUCCGCGGGGUACGGCCGGCAGCCGGGUUCGGCCGGUCUCUGUCCAACCAGCACAAAUAGCUGCAUUCGGUUCAACGAGGUCACCAAUUACGUCGCCCACUGCAACGGCCAAGCCUGCUGCACGAUCACUGCCACUAACGACCGCUUUGGCGGUGAUCCCUGUUACGGCAUUGGCAAGUACGCCGUCGUCACCUGGACCUGCAGUUAG